UGACGUUCAAAUUAUGAAAACGGUGUUUCUCGUAUACGAUUAAUUUAUUCUUUAUAAAAGCAGGUGAUUUUUUGUUAAAGAAGUUCUUCGUAUGUCUGGUUGUGAAACUGAGUCGCAUGAGUUAUAUGCAAUUAUGCAGAAGUGCGUGCUUCUCCACUUGAAGUGUUGACGUGCGGUGUUUUAAUGAAAAUAGUCACAUUUUUUGGAUGUUACAAUCUUCAAUUGGUAUAAGCAAGCGAGAGGCAGACGUGAUUUAAUGUCUGGACCGAGUAUUCAAGAGAAGGCUCUUUCUUUAACGAGAUGCUCAACGGCCUGCAAAGGUUUUAAGGCACGUAAAUUGAAUUCCGUGCACAAAUGGGGGAAAAAUGUGUCAUGCACAGUUUUCACUGAACGUCGGUUGCGUUCGAUGAAGAAAGAAAAGUCGUUCAAAGAAAGAAUGGAUUUUAUCAAAGAAAGAAUGAUCUAGAAAUUGGCGUUCAAUUCGAUAUUGGCUCUGUAAAAACCGGGACAUUUUCAUGAUUUUCAAGAAAAAACAGGACAUCAGGACAAAUGGGGCAAAACCAGGAAAUAACCCGGAAACCAGCACGUCUGGUAACCCUAGGUACUCUACUCUUCAAAUGAGGUUCGACAUUGAGAUUACACUCUUCACACUAGCAGUGUUCCUUAUUCCUAUUGAAUUCAGUUUACAGUCCUUGGAUAUAGAACCUCGAGAUCCAGAGCGUCAAAUGAAUGUUCAGUAUUAUGAAGAUGAUCAUAACAAUCUUAUACCAAUAAUGGCCGCACGUCUUAGGCUAUUGAAAGAUUGGCGUGAGCUUUUCUACAUUGGAUUACAAAUUGCUGCAGCAGACUUUAUCGGGUGCUACGUUUUCUACAUUAUCGCCGUGCUAUGGUGCUGUCUACGGAGAAAAAUUCAAAUCGUACUAAUGAUUGCGUUGUGAUACACCUCGGACUCUGACUUGUAUUGCAACUUCUUAUGAAGAAAAAGUCCCACUUAGAGUCCUUGUAUUCUAAAUCAUUGUUUUCUGUUCUGAAGUCGGAUCAAAACAUUAGAAGCAAUUGCCAAUUAGAUUAAAAUGUGCUUGAUAAUGUGACUCUUUAUAUAGUAGGUAUAUGUAUAGCUGCUGCGACUGAAAAAUGUUUAAAGCAUUUGU